AUGUAUUUCUUCCGUUCCAUCCUUACAUGUUCAGAUCGAGGCCUUUCCCUUUCUACUGUUAAUCCAGUAGGAGUAAACCAGGACAUUUGUGGGAAAUGCCGUAUGUUUUAUAUGAUCUACAAUAUCACAUCUCACACCAUCUUUAUGGUUCCUUUGUAUCGUCAUACCAGAAGUCCUUGGUGGAUGAUGUCAGCUAUCAGCAGGUUCAAUGACAGCAUUGUGAAGACCCACCACUCCUUUAUCCUAACCGGCAUUCCUGGGAUGGAGGAGCACAACUCUUGGAUGGCCUUUCCGCUGGGGCUGCUCUAUGUCCUGACUCUCCUAGGAAACGUCACAAUCCUCCUUGUCAUCAAGACUGAGCAAAGCCUCCAUGAGCCCAUGUACAUCUUCCUCUUCAUGCUGGCCUGCUCAGAUCUAGGGCUUGCUAUGACCACCAUGCCAACCAUGUUGAGUGUUUAUUGGUUUGACUCCAGAGAAAUCACAUUCAAUGCCUGCAUCAUCCAGAUGUUCUUCAUCCAUAUAUUUCAGUGGAUAGAAUCAGGGAUACUUGUGGCAAUGGCUCUUGAUCGCUUCAUUGCCAUAAGUUAUCCCCUGAGAUAUACCACACUUCUCCCUAAUUCUGCUAUUGGAAAAAUAGGAAUAACUGUCUUCUUCAGAGGUUUCUGUGUGUGCUUCCCAGGGCCAUUCCUUAUUAAACGGCUACCCUUCUGCAAAUCCAAUGUGCUCUCUCAUUCCUACUGUCUCCAUCAGGAUGCAAUGAAUUUGGCCUGUGCAGACUUCAAAGUCAAUAUGCUGUUUGGUUUGAUUGUGGUCAUUUGCACCUUGGGCUUGGAUGUUGUGAUCAUUCUUGUGUCAUACGUCCUGAUCCUGAAGACUGUGCUGAGCAUCGCCUCUCAUGAGGAGCGUCUCAAGACUUUGAACACUUGUGUCUCCCACGUCUGCGCCAUUUUGAUCUUCUAUGUUCCAAUGAUUGGUGUCACUGUGGUACAUCGAUUUGGAAGAAGCCUUUCUCCUAUUGUUCAUAUGCUGAUGGCCAACAUCUAUAUUAUUGUCCCACCUCUUCUUAAUCCCAUUGUGUACAGUGUGAAAACCCGUAAAAUACAAGGUGCUGGUUAUAAAGCCUUAAACAGCUUAGGC